UUGUGGGGCAGGUGUGUUCAGGUGGUUUUUGCUCUCCAGGUUCCACCGGUUCCAGCUCCAGUUCCAUUUUCGCAUUUUGCAUUUUGCAUUUCGCAUUUCCCAACUGUGUGUGCCUUAAACUGAUUUUCCAAAACAAAACUCGAACCACUACAGCAACCGCCUCUUUUUGCCGUCGGUUUUGUUUGGGUUUUUCUCUAUAUUUUCCUACAACCCCACAUGACUUUUCGAGACGCGUGUGCAAUAAAAAAUAGGGAAAAAAAGGACAAAUAAAAAACAGGCAGACAUUGGAAAGAUUUUUGCUGCCUUAAUAACAGUUUAUAAACACCACCCCAAAGCUACGUCGAGAUUUUAUGCAAAUGCAGUUGUGUCGGUUGUCCACCCCGGAAAAACUUGUGUUCUUGAUUUGCAAAAGUGAUUUCUAAUUGUUUCGACUUCUUGGCUUAACUUGCCACUAAAAAAAGGCCGCGAAAGAGUGAGUGCAACAGGGAAAAAAGGAGGGAGAAAGAGCAUAGCGGAGUAUGUCAAUGUCAGUGGCCCAUAUUCGGCUGCAUUGCUAAAAGCAUUUCCCCUGAGUCUUCAACUUCUGGCCAUGGAUAUCAAAAUAGUAUAGAUUAAUGACGUCACUGCUGGAGAUUAUAAUGCGAUCGAAAGCGAUUGCAAGGAAAUUCGACCAGGGCUCCAGCGGCGACGACUUCGAUCCAAGUGCGAGUGUUGUGCGUCACCAUCAUCACCACCAUCACCUGGACCUGAGUGCCAGGGGUCAGGCCUUCAAUCCGCUGCCCGAGCCACUUGAGGAUUCAUUCGCCGCCCGCCAUCGCUUGCCGCAACCGGAUCCUGUGGAAGGAUCACCGACGAGGCGGGCUCUGGAUCCGGAGCUCCUGCAUCACCCCAAUCAUCUCCAGCACCAGCCACCGCCUCCCACGUUGCCUCUGUCCCUGGAAGCCCAACCCCAAUCACCCGCCGCCGACGGCAUGGAUGCCUACUUCAAGGACCGUGCCCAGGCGGAGCACAUCCUGCAAGAGUGGGCGCGGAGGCGCGACUUGGACUGUGAUCUGGAGAUCCGUGAUAGCGGCGGCGUCUACGCCAAGACGCCGCUCCAGCGGGGCACCCGCUACGGGCCCUUCCCCAUGAAGCUCAGCCACCAGCCCAACGACCAGCAACUGGCAUGGAAGGCAUAUAAUGGAUAUUUUAAUGGCUGGCUAGAGCCCACAUCUGACGUGUCGACGUGGUUGAAAAAAAUCCGAAUCGUUCAGGACGAUGGCUUUGGCGAGGCUAAUUUAGAGAGUUACAUUAAUGGCGGUUAUCUGUGGUACGAAACGAAUCGUUAUGUGAAUGCAGGCAGUGAAAUGGUCGUCGACGGUCGGCCAAAGAGUCCUGUUCAGCUGAAUGAAAAUUUCAUAAACGGCGGAGGAGUCCUGGCAGCCGCAGCCGCCGCAGCAGCCGCCGCCGCAGUGGCCGCCGGCUCGUCCUCUGGACCGAAAAGCGGGGGCGGGGGCAGCUCACUGCCCAGCGAUGAUCGCAGCGAACGUGAUAAUGGCUCUUUGUAUAGCGGUGACGAAUUCUCCAAAGAUAAGAAAAACUCCUCGCUAAUCAGCCAGGGAGAUAACGAUUUCUCAGACGACGAAAACGGUUUCGAUAUACGCUGCGAGACCUGUGAUAAAGUCUAUCCGGAUUUAGAACGCUUGGACGAUCAUCUGGUGGGCGCCCAUCAUUUCAAACAGGACGAAUUCCCCUGCAAGCAGUGCCCAUUGCGAUUCUGCCUUCGUCCUUUGCUCAUCAAACACGAAGCGAUCUCCCACGAUAAUUUGCGCAAAUAUUCCUGCGAGAAUUGCACCAAGGUAUUUUGUGACCCCUCGAAUUUACAGCGGCAUAUUCGCGCCUACCACGUCGGAGCUCGCUGUCAUCCGUGUCCGGAGUGCGGGAAAACAUUCGGGACCUCGUCGGGCUUGAAGCAGCACCAGCACAUUCACAGUUCCGUGAAGCCCUUCGCCUGCGAGGUGUGCGCCAAGGCGUAUACGCAAUUCUCGAACCUGUGCCGGCACAAGCGCAUGCACGCCACCUGUCGGAUGCAGAUCAAGUGCGACAAGUGCAACCAGAGCUUCAGCACUACGACCUCCCUGGCCAAGCAUAAAAAGUUCUGUGAUUCGACGAGUCCGGUGUAUCGGAACCAGCACGUCAAUCGCCACCAUCCGCAUCCGCUGCCGCACUCGCAUCCGCAUCCGCAUCCGCAUCCACUGGGUCAGGAGAUUCAGCAGCAUCUGAGUGCGACUGCCACGGCCACCUGUGUAGCGCCAGCAAAGGAAUCAGCGGAAUCGCCGUCCUCAGCAGCUGUUGCCGCCGUUGCCGCCGUUGCCGCCAUGUCGACGCCACCGAAUCCCUACCUCAUGUUCCGCAACGCACCGCCGUUCUUUCCCGCAUUUUCGGCAUACGCAUUUCCCGGCUUCAUGCCCCAAAAUCAGCUGCAUAACCCAAACUUCCCCAUGUUCUUCUCGCAAAAAAUGGACAUGGGUUGUGUCGGACCCGAGAUUACUUCUCCAAAUUCCGGCUUCGGUUUGAAUUCGCCACAACGCUGUCUAAAAAGUGAUUCCGCUGCUCUCCCGCGGACUUUUAACAAAGUGAAAAAGGAAGACUUGGACUUUAAGAAGGAGCCUUUCCUGCAUGUCUCCGAAAACGAAGACGACGAGAGUCGCCAUUCAUUGGACAUUAAAAUAAAACCAGAGGAAGCCAUGAAAGAUGUCAAGUCGGAGGAGCAGAAGGAGAUGAAGCGGGUUGCCGAAAGGGAAAGUAGUCCCGACCAACAGCAGGCCGAGGAUGAUAGGAAAUCCAUCGACAUUGUGAGCACUCCACCGGAAACACCUUCUGGAGCAGAUGGACCGCUGGAUCUUUCGAUAUGCCGCAAACGCUCGGGUUCCGCCUUCUCCCUUAACGCCUACGCCCCCUCGGAGGAGAACCUGCUGUUCAAUAGGUUUAUGCCCGGGUUUCAGGAGUUCCACACCGAAGUGGGUCCGCCGCCGAAGAUGAGAAAGUCGCACAGUUCGGCGGAGUCCUCCGCCUCGCACAAGUCCACGCCCUCUGCCUCGCCGGGACUAACGCCCUCGCCUUCGCCGCCCACCAGUGCGGGCGGUGAGCUGAGCAGCACGUCCGAGGGCGGCGGAGCGGUAACGGAGACGUCGACCUCCGCUGCGGCGGCAACAGCGGCUGCAGCAGCGGCGGCAGCAGCAGCGGCGGGAGCGGCAGAGGCCGCUCUGGCCCACUUUACCCACGCACAGACCCACGGAGCCGGCGGCGCUGCCGGCGCCAACACCAUACAUCCGAUGAUGCUGGAGGAGAUCUAUCGCAGCCGGUUUCCUUUUUUAUGCCGCCCGGGCGGACGGCCCGCCAUUGAGGCGCUGCUGGCAGGAGCCACCAGUGCAGCAGCCCCAAGGCGACCGCUUCCGCCCGUGAAGUUCUCCACGGUCAGCGGACUGAAGACCAAGGAUCGCUACUGCUGCAAGUUCUGCGGCAAGGUGUUCCCCAGAUCGGCCAACCUGACGAGGCACCUGCGGACGCACACCGGCGAACAGCCGUAUCCCUGCAAGUACUGCGAUCGGGCCUUCAGUAUAUCCUCGAACCUGCAGCGCCACGUGAGGAAUAUCCACAACAAGGAGCGUCCCUUUCGCUGCGAACUGUGCGACAGGUCCUUUGGCCAGCAGACGAAUCUCGAUCGGCAUGUGAAGAAGCACGAGUCGGAGGGCAACAACUUCCGGGACUCGCCCAGUUCCGCUGGCAAUGCUGAGCGGGAGGAGUACUUCGAUGAGAUACGCAACUUCAUGAUGAACCGCGUCUACACACCCAAUAGUUUGGCCGGAAAUGAGGGCGAUACCGAGGAGUAUGCCAAUAGCGAUGAUCAGUCCGUGAUCCUCGAAAAGGAUGCCGGCAGCCUCAACAACAACAACAGCAGCAACAUCAGCAACAACAACAGCAGCAGCGGCAACAACAAGAACAACAACAACAACAAUAGCAACAGCAACGCCAAGGCCAUAACAAUAAGCUCUUAAAAACGGGGGAAAAAACAGAAUAGGAGACAAUUUCCUUGUUGUUAAAUGAAAAAAGAAAAAAAAAAACUUACUUUAAAACUUACUUAAGCGUGCCUCCGAGAGGGAAACCUAUUAUUAAGUAGUUACCAUUUCCACACAUCUUGUACUAAACGAAACACUAAACAUUAGCUAUGCAAUCAAUGGAAAAAGACGGUGAAGCAUCAAAACUUAAACUAAAAACACAGAUAAAUACAAUUUAAAGGGAAAAACUUUAUAAACUAUAUACUAUACUUAAACCCACUCUAAAACCACCUUAAGCGUGUAGCUAAUUUAAACAUCUGUACAUAGACAUAUGCAAGUCUUAACUUAAUGAGUCGAUUUCAACUACUUUGGAACUCUGUGGAUUAUAUACAUAAAUAAAUAUAUGGAUAUUUUGAUUGUGUACGUGUAUAGGCUUUAUAUAUAUAUAUAUAUAUAAAUCUAUAUGUGUAAAUCGAUUUAUAACGUAUGCCAUAAGUCUAACAUAUUUAUAGAGCUAAUUAUUGCAAUUCUCAACAACAAAAACAAGAAAAACGAAAUCAAUUUUAUAACAUUUACUUAACGUUUAAUUAUAUUAUUAUUAUUAUAUAUAUGAAAAACCAGAAGAGAUCGUUAUGAAACAUGAAAAAUCAAUAAA